GAAACAGACGUAUGAUCAUAAUUUCCAGCGUGAUAACAAAAGGUCAUUCAUAAUAGGUUCAGUGCGCGAAGUGUUCGGUUUCUGUACUGUACUUUACCAGCUACAAGAGAAAAAUGCAGCAUGAGUAAUGAUCAACCAAUGAUAUACAGUAGUAUGCAUUUUAUUAGAUAAGUACACUCUAAAGGGCACAUUUCUCUGCCUGGAUUACUUUUACUUUUGAUAAUUUAGAUACAUCUUCCCUAGAAUACCUUUACUUAAGUAAUAUUGUCGGUGUAGGAUUUGUACUUGCAAUGGAAUAUUUUAGUCAGUGUGCUUUUACAUUACACAAGUAAAGUAUCUGAAUACUUCCUUCACAGUAACCAUAGCUGUCAAAUACUGUAUGUGUAAUGGAGUCAGAAGACAGUGGAGUUGAAGUAUAAAUUCAUAAAAAUGGAAAUACUCAAAAAAAAAUACACACCCCUCAGUAAAUCCAGCAUUUCUGUUCCUCAGUUUCCAAACAUAAACAUGUGGAUCUGUGUUAUGCUUCAGUCUUUCUUCUCCCUCUUCUGCUCUUUCCUCUUCACUCCCACUCUCUGGUGACUCAUUUUUCGUUUUCGCCAGCUUAUUCUUUUUGUGUCAUUUUUAAAAAUGUUCGUGUGGCUUAUGUGAACACUUGCAGUGCAUUAAACGAUCUGGAUUAGAAACAAAUCCAUACGCAGUUUCUCAUGCAGUUUUCAAGACAGAUGUUGAGCCAACGACUAUCACAGGCUGGCAUGUACAGUAUGCAAAAUGCAGUAUGUGUGCUGGCUUCUAGUCUAAGGAAUCGGAGUAUAAAAUGUAGGAUGAGGUGCAGGUAGAUGGCUUUAGCAGACCAUACGUAGUAAAUUAUUCAUUAAUCAUUAAUUAAGUCCACAGUUACCGCUCCUAAACCCUCACAUUAAUUCAAGUAUUGCACUUAAGUGUAACUCAGAUACUUGUACUGUAGUUGGGUAUUUCCAUUAUAUGCUACUUGAUAUUUCUCUAAUACUCUUCAGAGGGAAAUAUUGUCCCUUUUACAUUACAUGUGUUUGAUGAUUUUGAUUAGGCUACUAGUUAUAGAUUCAGAUUAAUAAUACAAAAAUAUAAAUCAACUGAUAAAUGAGUUUGUAUUGUUAUUAAUGGCGAUAAGGAGGGAAAUUCACAAGCUGGCAGUACAGGCAGCAGAUAGCAAAACUUCUGCAAACUUCUUCUCACACCUCAAACACUUUAUGAAGGCCCUUUAUAUACGUAAAUAUAUCAGCACGUUUCAUAAUGUAAUGUACUUAAAACGGAUGAUGCUACUGCUACCAAUAAUAAAGAUAAUAAUAAUGACAAACAAGCAGCAGGAGCAUGAAAAACAAAUGCAUGUAACGUGCAUGUACAGGAUCUGGAUGUUUAUUCUGCUUCCACAACAAGGCAGCCCGCCCACUCCCGGGUUUUGAACCAAUGACAUGCCCGCCUCCACAUCUCCUCUGCCUAUCAACCCGCGUCCGGCCCCCUGCAUGACGUAACACCCAGUCGGAAAGUGCAAUGGCGAUAUUGGACAAUAACAGCCAUCGGUUUUUGGGUGCCACAUCUAUAUUAUGUGGCUAACGUUAAAGAAAAGCCCCCCCCUUCCCCAUCAGUCGGCUGCAAAACCACAUACGAGAUCCGGCACAGAGCGCGCGCGACGGACCCGCGACCAGGAAAGGUGAUCUCACCGCCUGUGCACGCGAUGACAGUUUAGACUAAAACGCUGGUGUGACGUGUGAACAGACACCAUGGCCACACAGGAACCGUCCCCUCCUUCGUCCAUGGAGAGCAAUAAACCCGGCUUCCCCAAGAAGAUCCUGGGCAACAAGCUGGAGGACAAGCACCUGUGCAACUGCUGCCACAAUAUACUCAGACGACCGUUUCAAGCCCAGUGUGGACAUCGCUUCUGUUCCUACUGCUUCAACAGGACCGUGAGUAAUGGACCCCAGAAAUGCAAUGCCUGCAUUAAAGAGGAUAUUUUUGAGGAGCCAACAUCCAUUUUGAAACAAGGAUGUGCUUUUCCUGACAACGCAGUUCGAAGGGAAGUUGAACACCUUUCAGCUGUUUGUAUCAAUGAAAGUUGCACUUGGACAGGCAGUAUUAAAGAGUAUGAGCUGAACCAUGAGGGGAAGUGCGAGUUCAUGAUCAUCCCCUGCCCCUCCUGCAAAGAACACAUUCGCUUCAACGAACAGGAGCGCCAUAAUGAGCGAGAGUGCCCAGAGAGAACACUCAACUGCAAGUACUGCAAGGAGCCAUUUCACUUCAAAAACAUCAAGGCCCAUGAUGAGAUCUGUCCCAAGUACCCGAUGAUCUGUGAAGGCUGUGCUAAGAAGAAAAUACCCCGAGAAAAGUACGUGGACCAUAUUAAGUUCUGCAGCAAAUUCAGAACUCCGUGUCGAUUUCAUGUGGUGGGAUGUGAUAUGUCUGUGGAAAAGGAAAAGAUUCAUGACCAUGAGCGUGCCUACGCCUACGAGCACCUCAAUCUGCUGCUGCAUUACAUCAUGGGCAUGAAAGUGAGCAUGGAGGGCCUGCAGCCCCAGGGACUGGAAGUAGCUGGACACAAACUGGUGGAACUCCAACAGUCCCUCAGGGAGCUCGAGGCCAGAGUCUCCCAGCUCAGCACCACAUCCUCUGGGCCUCCCGUGCAGGGAGCCGCCGCCGCCACGUCCUCCUCAUCCUCCAGCUCGGGUCCCCCCGGCCCACCCGCUUCAGCUCCUCUCCCUCCUCCUCCCACACUUGCUCCCACUCUGUCUGUGUCUACCUCCUUCACACCUCUGCCCAGCUCGGUAGGCGCGGCGCUGGAGCUCCAGCUCCACAGCGAGAAGACCAAGGUGGCCGAGCUGGGUCGCAGGUGUACGGAGCUUGAAGUUAAAGCCGGCACGUUUGAAAAUGUGGUGUGUGUGCUCAACAGAGAGGUGGAGAGGUUUGCCACCACCAUGGAGGCCAGCAACCGUCAGCACAAACUAGACCAGGACAAGAUCGAGGCUCUGAGUAAUAAGGUGCGACAGCUGGAGAGGACAGUGGGGCUGAAGGACCUCACGGUCGCUGAGAUGGAGGGUCGCCUGAGGGAAAUGUCUGCCACUACCUUUGAUGGCGUCUUUGUCUGGAGGAUCUCUGACUUUGCCAAGAAAAGACAGGAUGCCAUCGCAGGUCGAGCCCCUGCCAUGUUUUCACCAGCCUUCUAUACCAGUAAGUACGGCUAUAAGAUGUGUUUGCGGAUCUACCUGAAUGGAGAUGGGACUGGGCGUGGCAGCCAUUUGUCCUUGUUCUUUGUGGUGAUGAGGGGUCUGAGUGACGCUCUGCUCAAAUGGCCUUUCAACCAGAAGGUGACUCUCAUGCUGCUGGACCAGAGCAACAGGGAGCACAUCAUCGACGCCUUUCGGCCUGAUGUCACUUCCUCGUCCUUCCAGAGACCUGUGAGCGAGAUGAACAUCGCCAGCGGCUGUCCGCUCUUCUGCCCGCUGUCCAAGCUCGAUGCCAAGAACUCUUACAUCCGCGACGACACCAUCUUCAUCAAGGCGAUCGUGGACCUGACGGGGCUCUAGAUGGCCCCACGGGGUGGUACAGUUUGGCAACCAGGCAGCUCAGUUACCAUUAAGGCUUCAUUUUGGCUCAAUUGUGGUCCCUUUAGGGCUCUGUUCAGGCAUCUAACUGUCCCCUGCCGCUUUAGGGAGACAAACAUGCUUGCAGCUGUAUGCUGCACGUGGCUGCAGUUUGCUCCGUCCAAACGGCAUCGGCAUUGUCAUAUCUGGUGGUCUCCAUGCGAGAACCACCGUCAUUGCUGUACAUUUUGGGUGCAAAACUUUGUCUUUUCUUUUGACGUCACGACACCGUCACAUGGUGAUUGAUUAUUUUGUUUGUUUGUUUGUUUUCCAGUUAAAGGACGCAGAAGCGAGCACCAGUGCAGCGUGGUCAGUGCAGUGUUGAGUAGAAGCAGAGAUGUCAAAGUGAACAGUAAUGCUGAAGUGAAAAAUCACGUAUUUUCUUCUCUAAUCUCCUACAGUACGUCGGGAUGUUACAGAACUCGCCGACCGUGUUAGAACAGGAUUGUAGAUUUCAGGUAGUUGAUGUGAUCACUCUGAUGUCGCAGUAGAAAGCUGGCAUUAGGCUUAAACUAGAGUUAGAGCAUGGCUUGAUGCAGUUUUUGCUUUUUCUUGCAGGUUGUGGAUAUUGUGAGCUUCUCAGUUCCAGUGUCGAGUGAAUUUGCAUAGACAAACGUGGAGUUAUGUUAUGAAUAAAAUUACAGGCAUUUUUUUUGCCUUUUUUUUUUUCGGUGCAAAGUGCAUGCCGCUGGCGUUUUAAGUACAAAAUUGCUCCUUAUUUGGACUGAGCUUCGUGAAGGUUCCUCGUUCGUUGUUAAACUUGUUAUUGAAUUAGCCAUUGCUGAUGGUAGACACUGCCGGCAUGUCUUUGGAGCCAGACUAUUUUACAUGUAAAAGUUAGUGUUGCGUAUUUGUUCCUAUGAGGGGUUGUUGGUGGUUCUGAUUGGUGGUUUGGUACAUCUGUGGAAGAUACAGUGGAGUUACCAAGGAGUCAGGGCAGCUUGCCAGUCAAGCCUGAGGCAUACAACUUAGAUGUGUUUUUGUCUCUGACAAACAUACAUAGCUCAAGUUUCCCGGGAAGUGCUCACCAGCUCACAUUUCAACACAUACAGUGCUGUGCCCCACCACAGAUUGAGAUUAACACAGAUUCCACGAAAUGAAGGAAUUGUUCGCGUUCCUCGUUUUCUGUCCAUACAGUUUACAGUGCAUAUGUGUUUCUGCUGCUCUAAGAUAGAAUACUGAUGUGAAUCUAAUUAUAUAUGUUGGUGAAAAUAUACAAGAGGUAAACGUGUGUGGAGGUUGAGAGGCUGAAAUAAGGUGAAAUGAACACGAGAGAUUGUUAAACCUUGUUGUUGGUCGCGUGCCGGUUAUUGACGUUAUUUAUUGCAGAUUGAUGUUCAGUGCAGCCCCAGAUUAAUCUUGAAACUUUUUUACUGUUUUAAUGUGCUCUCAAUGACUUCCUAUAAGGCACCACAAACCUACAUUAUAUCUCUUUAAGCUGACAUGCAGUUUUCCCGUGUCCACCAGAGAUUGCUGUUGUACUUACUUAGCAUGCAUGCUGAGGUUUUUACGGUUCACGCUGGCCUGUUUGAAAACCACUCUUGACCUGUAUUGAAACCUCUCUGUGCAUGGGAGGCUUCAAUUCAUAUUCACUGUGGUGUUUCACAUUGGUUUACCCCCGUGAGCCACCUGUGAAAGCAUUUAUUUGUAUUCGUUUGGAUGAAAAUACGUAAUCAUAGAAUAGUUAUUAUGUUAUAACUGGCUCUGCCUCUGUUCAACAGCGGCACCUGCCUAUAUUCAUAGCAACUUAUAAAUAUGUAUCUUUCAUAUCAUAAUGUUGAAAUAAUCUAUAUAUCAAUGUUAAUAUACACAAAAUGUUAUAAUAAACAUAGUAUUACUGAAUACCUUAUUAAUUCUAUAUCUAUAUACCAGCUUUUCUUUUGUCAAGAUGGUUUGAACAGGCCAGGACAACCCUUUGUGCAGUAAGGACUUAUGACUCCUCCUAGAGUGCAAUACACGAUUAUGUCUGUUAGAUUUUGAUGAGGAUUUUUGAAUGUAAGCUUUAAUUCAGCAGUUUCAUUCCUUCUGUUUGAAAACACGACAACAGUUCUGUGAGGUGAUGCAGUCGACUUGAACCCAAGUUUCUUUGUGCACUUUGUAUUGGUUGUUUGUUCAAACAGGGUAUUUUGUUGAGUGGUUAAUGUACCUUGAAAUCAGAGCCAUAAAUAUCCUGAUGUUGAUAAAGUGAUGUAUUAUGCUAAAAAGGACAUGCAGUAUGUAAUAAAGUUUGCUGGUUUCA